UUUCCCAUAUUUCUUCAAACUCAUCUCUUCCACCCCCAUGUCCUCUCCCAAUUCAUCGUGAGCGACCAUAGCCUCUGUAUCUCAAACCCCUCAAAGCGCUAUAUCAAUGUAUAGCUACCCUCCCCACAGUGAUCAGGAGGACGCCUUCACCGAUUUCGGUGGCGCACAUGAUUAUCACGGAAUCCCACAAGACGCGUAUAAUCAGAUUCCAUCAGAUACUGGACUCGUUGGCGACUACAUGUACGAUCCCCAGCACCAUGCGCCACAAAUGUAUGACAACCUUGCAGGUGGAGUGCCGCCGAAUCUACCACUCCCGUUCCAUGAGAUGAAUGACACUGGAUACCUGUACCAGACGCCAUUCGAUCCCGUGCUGUCGGCUCCUGUGGCACAGGAGCUCAUCAGGGACAAUCGCGUAGAACCGCCCUUCCCAGAACCCCAGUCUUACUUGACCACGAUAUUGCCCCCCGCCCCACCUACGGAGCUCACAAGCCUGAUGACGUCAAGUUUACGAAGCAGUCCGCGAUACAGCCCGAUGGUAGCGUCGGAUGUUAGCGGUCCCUCGACGUUAAGUCCAUUGAAUACAAGCGGUGUGACCGUUCACAGCCACUCCCGAGCAACACCCCUAAACAGGGCGUCUCAGAGCCCAGGCUUCCACGGCCCGGAUUCCAUGACAGGAACAGGUUCCAGGCAGUCCCCAAUCUCCCCAUCGCAAAAACGUCCAUUGGAAUCUUCAGCGGAUGAUAUGCUGCACGGACGGAGGGUCACACCGCGCAUUACCGGCGCCUCUAACGUCCACUCUUUGCCGUCGUCUGGAGGGACUAGUAGUACAACUACGUCAUCGAUCUCAUCAAGUGUUCCUGGUCGAGGUUCGACAGUCCCCCAAGAGUUGUACAAUGUAGGGACCACACACGCUUUUCAUUUCACCACCGGAAGUGGAAUGCCAGUCGUUUUCAACGUCGCAGAGGGAGCUGGCAUCCCUUUGGAACUGUUGCUACAUCGGCAGACAACCCACCUCCAGGCACGUGAUGACCGGAUCUCGGACAUGUCUGGGGAUACAAUCUCUAUUCGCAUUGAGUGGCCUGGAUACCCAUCUUUUACGAAGCAAAUUGCUUCCAAAGACUGGAAGAAAACAAGGUCGCCGAACACACGCGAAAGACUGGCGGUCAAAGUUGCGGGCGCUGUUUACUCUUUCUUCAAGGAGCAUGCGAAAACUGAAUGCGAUCCCCCGAAUUCGAGAUGGCGUAUCGGUCCCAAUGGAAUCCGCAUCGAGCAUCUCGCUCUCGUCUCACUACACCGCGUGUCACAGGGGAGUUGGCAGCCCAAAUUGUGUCUCCUUCGUGACGAUGCUUAGCAGCGAUAUAUCCCUUCGUUUGACAUCAUUUUUUUGUUACUUAGCAUCCUGCUUCAUAUCAGGCAUCGAGCAUAUACCACUAAGCAUAUCAUCGAGCAUUACAUUUAUUUUUUGUUUUCUCACCUUCAAUCACAUU